GAGACACGUGACUGUGCUGGAAUGCUGCCACUUUAUCGCCAAGCCCUUUAAGCUUCGGUGACCAUGAGUGGUGUUUCUCAUCACACCCACCAAGGGCCCUAUUCUCCACCAGGGUAUGCACCAACUCCUGGGGACUACCCUUCAGCGGUGCCGCCACCACCAGGGUUCUUCACUGAUGGCUUCCCUCCACCACCUCCGCCUCCAGGGCCUCCUGGCUAUCAAGGGUAUUUCCGUGAUGAUUAUCCUCCACCACCACCUCAACAUAUCUACCACCAGUCUUGGGAUAAUUACCAGGGUGAUGCUUUCUGCUCUUCAUGUUUGAGAAGCUGCUUGGCAGUUCUCUGCUGUUGUUGGAUAUGGGAUCGGUGCUGUUGGUACUAAUUGAAGGGAUGCUGUUGAUUAUUAUGGACUUCCAAAUUGCCAAAAGAAGAAAUAAGAAUCUGGAGAAAAAAUGUUUUUAAUUUCAAAAGAAUUAUGUAGGUUUGAGGACUUUGAUUUUUUCUUCAUUUCUUUAUUUGUGUCCCUGUUUCCUCUCAAUUCAUGUCAUCAGAAAAUUUUAGAAACAGACUGUGAUAGGUAAUGUUGGGCUGAUUAAUGCGUGAUUGUGCUUGCCACUGCAGCCACAAAGGUAUAGCUAGCUGCAUCAAGUCAAACCAAAAAUAAUAAUAAUGAUAAAUGGAGAAGCUUCAGAAAAUAUUUUUUUGUAAACA